AUGGCAGCACUCUCUGCUAUAACAUUCACAACCUCAAGAAACCUCUUCAACACUAACAAACCCACUUUCACUUCCCAGCCCACUUCACCAUAUUCUUGUCUUUCAUGUUUGUCGCAUGAUAGAGAAACAAAUCUGUCUUUGAAGUCAGUUUCUAAGACAAAGAAGUGCAUUCUUGAUGUGGGUUUGGGGCUUUUAGCUGCAUCAGUUCUUGCUUUCUCGCCAUUGGAUGCUGACGCUACCAGAAUUGAGUACUAUGCUACUGUAGCAGACCCACCAUGUGACCUUAACUUUGUUCCCUCUGGCCUUGGUUAUUGUGAUAUUUCUGUAGGUUCUGGGGUGGAUGCCCCAUAUAGUGAGCUCAUUAAUGUCCAUUACACUGCCAGAUUUGCUGAUGGGAUAGUCUUUGACAGCAGCUAUAAACGCGGCAGACCUCUCACCAUGCGCAUUGGUGUUGGCAAGGUCAUUAGGGGAUUGGAUCAGGGAAUUCUAGGUGGUGAAGGGGUGUCCCCAAUGCGAGAAGGUGGAAAACGUAAGCUUUAUAUUCCUCCCCCUUUAGCAUAUGGACCAGAACCUGCAGGAUGCUUCUCAGGUGAUUGCAAUAUCCCUGGCAAUGCAACUCUUCUCUAUGAUAUUAAUUUUGUUGGAGUCUACUCUGGGAAUAGGAGUAACAAAUAG